UCAACAAAAUGGCUGCCACCACAAAAUCGAAAAACCUCGUGGUUGAAAACAUUUUCAAAGAAUUUGACAAAUUUACGGAAAAGCCAGAAGUAUUUCUUGGGGACCAAAAGGAUUUAUCUGAGAAAAUAAAGAAAACCGUGAAGUAUUCUUAUGAUUUCCUGAAACAGAUUGAAGAAGAUUCACAAGUCAAUGAAGCAUUACCAGAAUUGAUAAUAAAAGACUUUGAUGAUGAACAGAUUUGGCAAGAACUUGAACUACAGAAUGAUCCAACAAUAGAUAAGUUUGUCAAAAACAUUUCCACAUUUUUAACUGGGAAGUCAAAGUCAUUACUAACAUUUCUAGAACCAGCAGAGACUGAAGAGGCUGAGUUGGUUUCUGAUUCACAGUCUGAGGAUGAUUAUUCAGAUUCAGAAAAAAUUGAUUCUAGUGAUGGAGAUAUCUCAGAUUCGGAGUUGAAGUCUGGUGAAAAACACGGUGCUAAUGCUGUGAUAGACUGGGACGAUGAGGACAGCGAGGGGGACAUGGGCGAUUUUGGUUUGGAACCUGAGGAAGGGGAGGUGGAAGAGACAGACGAAGGAGAAGAGGAAGAUUCAGAAACAAGACAAAGCAAAUCAUCUCAAAAUAGACAAAAGAAGUCAGAAGUUGAUGAUGGUUUCUUUAGUCUGGCUGCUAUGGCUGAGUUUUUGGAUCAAGAGGAUGCACGGGAGGAGAAGUCAAGGAGACAGUCAAAAAGUCGGGAGGAUGAAGAUGAGGAGGGAAUAGAUCUAUUCACAGUGAAAGAGGAGGAUGAGGAAGGAGGUCUUGACGUAAAUUAUGAUGACUUCUUUGAUCCUGUCAAUGAAGGUUUCAAUAUCAAGAAGUCAGCAAAACAGAAAACUGCAUUAGAUGAAGACAGUGGCAGUGAUGAGAAUGAAGAAGAUGAUGAUGGUGAAGAAGAGGAGGACUCGGAUGAAGUAGAAACUGAAGAAGAAGAGAACUCUGUAAGAAAGUCAGCAAAGAAAUCUGGAAAGAAACAACUCAUGAGUGACAGUGAAAGUGAAGGAGAAGAUCUUCAAGACAUUCUUGGUCAUAAAGAGUCAAAAUCAACAUUUGAAAAGAGACAAGAAAGGCUCAAGUCUAAGAUCAAGGAUAUGGAAGAAGCAAGUCUGGCAGCCAAGCCGUGGCAGUUGAUGGGAGAAGCUGCAGGAGGCACAAGACCUGAGAACAGCCUUCUGCAGGAAGAUUUACAAUUUGAACAUACUGGAACAACAGCCCCUGUAAUCACUGAAGAAACAACGCAAACGCUAGAAGAGAUGAUAAAACAGAGAAUCAAGGAUAAGGCUUGGGAUGAUGUUGAGAGGAAAGUGAGGAAAAAAGAAGAGGUGUUUGAAUAUAAAAAGAGAAUCACCUUAGAUCACGAGAAAAGUAAAGCUAGUUUGGGAGAGAUUUAUGAGAAGGAAUUCUUGAAACAAACGGAGGAGGAGAAAGAAGCAGUAGUUGAUCCCGCAUAUGAAGACAUUAGGAAAACCAUGCAGUCUCUAUUCAUUAAACUCGAUGCCCUCUCGAAUUUCCACUACACUCCUAAGCCAUCUGUUCCGGAUGUGAAGAUUAUCUCCAACUUGCCUUCUAUCAAUAUGGAGGAGGUGGCACCUGUUAGCGUUAGUGAGGUGGCCAUGAUGGCUCCAGAAGAAAUCAAGGACAAAUCAAAAGCUCCAGAAAAGGGCGUCACAGAAAAAACAGCGACUGACAGGAACCGUGAAAGGAAGAAUAAGAAGGCAGAGAAACGAAAGAAGAGAGCUGAAAAGGAGCGAAGACAGAAAAUGGUCGAGAAACUUAAUCCUGGUCUUGGGAAUAAGUACAGCAAGGAAAACGCCAUGAAAGAUUUGGAUAAGCUUAGCAAGUCUGGUGGGCAAGUCACAGUCAUUAAGGACAAGAAUAGCAAGGCACCACGGUCAUCCAAAGCUUUCUUCAGCCAGCUUCAGGACGAAGUAAAAACACAAGUUCACAGUAAAAAAGCUGCCAAGAAGAGAAAGGGAUCAGAGAAUGAAAAAUCGUCGGCGAAAUUUAAGUUAUGAUGAACAUUUUUGAAGAAGUGGUGCAGAUUUAGUUUGAGUUCUGUAUGGAAGAUACAUAUAAAUGAAUAAAACGUGU